GUGAAAUCUGUGCUCGCGGCGGCCGCACUCCCUCUUCCAAGGUGGAACAUCUACACGUACGGCUCAUCUGUCUUCGGUUUCGACACUUGCCAAUUGUACCCAUCCGCUCCCAUUCCGCGUGGAAUCCGUCGAUCGAAAGCAAAAAUGAAGACCGCAGCUGUUCUCGCACUUGCUGGCGCUGUUGCUGCUUCGCCAAACCUUCAAAAGCGUGAGGCUUCGGUUGAUCCCCUCUCCGCGUCUCUCGCGGUCUUCUCGGUCUUGCCCUCUUCCCUCCAGGCCAUUGCAAUCACGAACCCUGCGGCCGUUGCCAGCGAAGUCUCCUCUGAGUUCUUGACUGGCACCCCGGCUUGGUUUUCAUCCCUCCCAACCGACGUUCAGAGCUACUUCAUCUCGGCUGGUGAAGCUGGCAACGUAGUGGCUACCUCGGUUGCGUCCACCAACGCGACCGUGACAGGCUCGUCCAACUCAACUGCUAAGAUCACUAGCGCUGCCGCUUCAACGACAUUGACGGAGAGUUCAAGCGAGUCAUCUACCACCAGCGCUAGCGCUUCGUCGCAGUCCGCCGCCCACGCAACAAGCUCCUCGUCCUCGGGUCUGGCAGCUCUUCCAACUCAGGUCGUAGCUGGUGGACUUGCUGGUGUGGCUGGUUUGAUGGCCGUCCUCGCUCUCUGAUUGAACAUUGCAACUUCCUUGUUGGAAAUUCAAGGCUUGUAUGAUCUAAAAAUCUUGGGGUUGCAGAACAUAAGUCUAUGAAAAGGUGUACUCUAUCAGCAGCUCAAGGCAAAACGUAUCUGCACUAGCACGUAAUACCUAAUAUCUAACUCAUUACUUCUUGAG